GUCUAUGCGUGUCGAUGCAAGUUAACGGACAUUUGCUUUCACUGGAAACGGUCCACGCAUAAUGCGCGCUUUGAGCCUGCGUUGGUGCCUGGUUGACCUGGUGGCUACAAGCCUCUACAUGUAUGAAUAAUAUGCGAAUGGUAAAGCUGACUUGGGAAGUUGAACGGAAAUGUCACAGGCUGGGAUGCUCAACCAGGACGAGCCCAUUCUCAUUGCAGCCAGCAAGUGGCCGCCGCCUGGUAUAUGGGACAGACUUGAGACAGCUCCGUCAUGCAGCGAAGCGGCGGCAGCGGCAGGACCAGCAGCGACGCUGCCACCGCCUGAAGGGCGACAGCCCCACUGUUACGGGUAACAUGUGCCACCGCAAUUUGCGCUACUGACUCUGACUGGCCUGCUCCCGUGUCGCCUGCAAGCCGACUACGCCUUAUGAUCUGGUCUGCGUUUGCACUAGUUUCGUACAGCACGCCAGUAACUGUGUCUACAUCAUCCUUACAGCCGGCCUGAUCCCGCGUGCUCUUUCGUGAACGAAUGCCUGUAUCAUUCUGGCAGAACUCUGAUGCAGGACACCGUGGAUUUUAAGAAUUGGUCACCAAACCAUGCCAUGGGCCUUGCUCAUGUGCACGUAUGACGGCAGUGUUGCGGACGGACGGGCCUGCAGUGCACGACUGUAUCCGCUGUAAAAGGAGUUCAUGACUAAGCGGAUGCAGGGUACGGGCCAAUGGUUUUGAACCAGCCCUGGAUGUGCAUGAGAGCCCCCAAAGGCCCAAACCCUGUAGCGCAACAUGCGAAGGCGUUAAAUCAGAGGCUGUGAUGACGUGUAUGAUGUGUAUCUAUCAAGGUGCUGCACCGCUGUGCAAGGAUGCUGCAAUGGGUAUCUACCAAGCACGCACUGAGACGCUACUAUGCAGUACGCGGGAUGCAGGGACACGGUGCAUCUGCAAGCACACGACCAGCAGGGGCACUGGUCAGGUGCGGUGUAUUACGAGUGUCGAAGUGCAGAGAACCACGCACCUUACUUUGGUGCGGCCUCUGUGCAUUGUGGAGACGCGGUGGUCUGCGCAUGGCCAAAGUUGCAGGCAGCGGAUACUGAUGUGUAUGGCCAAGGGAUGUUGGGUGGGCAGCAUGUCGGCCGCACGUGUCAUGGGGAGCCGGGGGCAAUGCGUUAGGGGGAGUGGCGGGCACAGCUGCAGGAGGAUUGAAUGAUGAAAGGCUGCGCA